AUGUCUGGCUCCUCUUCUGCUGCGUCCCCUGCGACCGCUCCCGCGUUCCCCAAGGUCGGCGACACCUUCCCGUCCCUCCUCGCAUUCAAGCUCGCUUGUCAUCGCGCAGCUUUGGCUAGCGGCAUCGAGCUCAAGAUCAAAACGGGCGACGCAAAUCGAGCGGAUAUGCGCUGCCGACUCGGCGAACGCGCGACGGUCAACAAGGUGAUGGACGGGCCAUGCUGCUCCUUCCAGAUCGCAGUCUACAAGUCGGUUGUCGAGGCGAACGGUGGCGACUUUCGCGUCAACAAGCGCAACCUCGUCCAUUCUUGUCCGCUCGAGGUGCGGCAGCAGCGUAGGUCGAGCGGCGAUACCGCGCAAUGGAGUCGCGGCAAGAUCAAGGAGUUUGAAUACGCUUUGCGCAAGGAGGGGGCGCCGGUUCGUUCCCCUGCGGCGCGGAAGCAACGUCGGCGACACCUUCUCCUCCCUCAACGAGUUCAAGCUCGCUUGCCACCGCGCAGCUCGGCGGGAGACACCACCUUCGUCUACCUCUACUGUCGCUUGCGGGAGGGCUGCACCGUGCACAAGUUGACUGGCGACACAGACUACACCUUCCGCAUCCACGCCAUCGCUGUGCGCGGGGCGUUCGGAGGUGUCAGGGUGUCCGUCAGCUCGCUCGACCACUCCUGUCCCUCGUCGGUGCGGGACGCCCGCUCGCGCGAUGGGUCCGCCAAGGCGUGGACGGAGCAGAAGAUCAAGGAGGUCGAACAGUACAUUGCGCAGGGGGUCAGUGGCGUGACGACGAAGCUCCGAAAGAGGUGGUUCAGCACGGAACCGUCGUCGAGCGAGAGCGGCGAGGAGGAUGACUCGGAAUGCGAGACGAGCAGCGACGAAGCUGCAUCGACGUCGACGUCGACACAGAAGCGUUUCCCAUCAGCGCAGGACGUCGCAAAGGAGGUGUCGAAGCUUGUCAAGGCCGGACCUGCCGCCUUUCCUUCCGCCAACCAGUCGUUCUCCAGGGCGCGCGAGCUCCUCAUUCACCUCUACGCCUUCGCCCAGUCGCGCGGCUUCACCGUCCACCGCAAAAGCGACGUCUCCGACAAGCAACACCUUCGCCUCAUAUGCGCUCAUGGUCACCACCGCUACGCUGGCACGAGACAAGGACAAUGCAGGGUUGGCAUCAUCGCCGACGCGGGCUCUGACGGACUCUGGCGCAUCACCUCGAGCGAGCUCAAGCACAACCACGAGAUUGACGAGGUCGACGACGACGGACAAGCCUCGCCUCGCGCGUCGAAGCGCGAAUAUACCUCUAGCACGUCGAGCAGUUCAGAGCGCAGGGAGGACAAGCGGCCGGUCCAGCACGCCGCUUUCCUGCCUUCCUCGACUCCUACCACCUCGACGCCGCUUCACCUCGAAGACCUCGCCGCCUUGCUCUACUCGAUCUUCCCUACGGUUCCUGCCCACGAGCUCGAGCUCGUCGUCAUCUUCCUCGCUCACCUCGGCCUUUCGACGCUCGAAGACCUCGCCACCCUCGUCCUCCUCGAAUCGAGUACGCUUCAACACCUCGUCGAUGCCGUCCAGCUGCCGUCCCUCAAUCCGCUCGAGCAGGCGAGCAUGCGCACGGCGUUCAAGAGGUGCUUGGAGACGAUCAGGCAGCAGGCGAAAGCGAAUCUGUAG